AGAUAGCAGGCGCCCAUCGCGCCACAUUCUGCGGCUUUUCCCGUCGGGUCAGUCAGCGGGAGGAGAGAGGAGCGACCGAGACCUUCCACAGGAGGUGGAGCUGGCUGUGCUGAGACUCCGGGGGACCAGACAUCUGCUGCAAUGUCCACACAGAGCUGAAACCAAGGAUCUGUGGGCUCGGACAUAUGACAGACGCAGCGUUAAACUGGUUAUCAGCAAAUGAAACGUGGCUGUGAACGCGGUGACUCAAGUCAGGAAGAGCAAGUCCCAUUUUUCGACAACCAUCAGUCAUGGAGUUCAGCAAAGUGACGACCUUAUGGAUUUUUUGCUUGUGUCUCCUUGGGGAGAGUUGGACAGAAAAACCAAGUUCACCCACAUCGGACCAUCAGCAUAUUGAUCACGGGGUGUCAGAACUCUGUCGCAUUGAUGAGCCAUUAUGCCAGGAUGAGAAUGCCGUUCUCAGCUUUGAGGCUAUCCGCAGCAUCCACAAGCAGAUGGACGAUGAUGCAAACGGCAAUGUAGAUGUAGUAGAGACUGACGGGUUCCUAAGAGAGGAUCUCAACUACCACGAUCCCAAGGCCAAGCAUAACAGCUUCCAUGGUGACGAUCAGUUCAUCAGUGUGGAGGACUUGUGGAACGCAUGGAAGGGCUCCGAAGUGUAUAAUUGGACAGUGGAUGAGGUGGUAGAAUGGCUCAUCACCUAUGUGGAACUGCCACAGUAUGUGGAAGCCUUCCGCAAGAUGCAUUUUAACGGAAGUGCAAUGCCAAGGCUUGCUGUAAAGAAUGCCACUCUGACAGUUUCUAUUCUGAAGAUCCUGGAUCGCAGCCACGUGCAGAAGUUACAGCUCAAAGCUCUGGACACUGUACUGUUUGGAGCCCCACUGAUGAAUAGACAUAACCACUUGAAGGAUUUCAUGCUGGUAGUGUCAAUAGUCAUCGGCAUGGGUGGCUGCUGGUUUGCCUACAUCCAGAACCGGUACUCCAAAGACCACAUGAAGAAGAUGAUGAAAGACCUGGAGGGCCUGCAGAGAGCUGAGCAGAGUCUUCAUGACCUACAACAGAAGCUGCAGAUCGCCCAGGAGGAGCACCGCACUGUGGAGGUGGAGAAGGUGAACCUGGAACAGAAGCUGAGGGAUGAGAUCAACUCAGCCAAACAGGAGGCCCAGCGGCUGAAGGAGCUGCGUGAAGGCACAGAGAAUGAGCUGAGCCGGCAAAAAUAUGCAGAGGAGGAGCUAGAACAGGUGCGCAUGGCUUUGAAGAAGGCAGAGAAGGAGUUGGAGUCCCGAAGUAGCUGGUCACCCCCUGAGUCUCUCCAGAAGUGGCUGCAGCUCACCCAUGAGGUGGAGGUGCAGUACUACAACAUCAAGAAACAGAAUGCUGAACGACAGCUACUGGUGGCCAAAGAAGGGGCUGAGAAGAUAAAGAAAAAGAGGAAUACACUCUUUGGGACUUUCCACGUUGCUCACAGCUCCUCCCUGGAUGAUGUGGACCACAAAAUCCUGGCAGCAAAACAAGCCCUGGGUGAGGUGACUGCUGCUCUGCGGGAGCGGCUGCAUCGCUGGCAGCAGAUAGAGAUCCUGACAGGUUUCACCAUCGUCAACAACCCAGGUCUGCCUUCGCUGGCCUCCGCCCUGAACCUUGAUCCCAGCUUCAUGGGUGGCAGAGCUACGCCUCAACACUUCAUGAUGUCUGAAGACAUUGACGACAUGGACGAGGAUAUCUUGCCGCCUGGAACUCUGCAAUACGCCUCCUGGCUGUUGGAACGGCGAGCCAGUGACCUGUGGUCCGUCGGUUCAGACUGCCAACCCCUGUGGAAAUACUCUGCUCCCAGUAUGAUGUCCCUGCGCCAACGCCACAUUGACCCCCAGCUGGCCAUGGGCUCCCAGAGAGACCUAAAUCGCUCUGACUCAGACUCCUCCCUGUCCCUGUCCCAAGUCGGCGAUCGGCUGUCUGCCUACAGCUCCAAAGGCCACCUGGUCAAACCCACCUCUCUCAUUCAUGGCCUGGUCGCCCGUGCAGAUGAGGCCGCCUCACUGCAUGCCCACACCCCCAACGGAGGGAACCGCAUUCACGAGGGGGUAGGUCAGGGCGAGCUGGUGCCCGAUAGCCCCAUACUCAUGAAGAAGGUGUAUGGCAUUGAGAAGUCAGCCAGCCUAGGAGAGAUCAACAGCCUGUCGGAGUCCUCCCGCUCCCUCAGCCCCAACUCCACCGAACCCGACACCCCAUCACCUACAGGAGGGCAGCCAGGGGCCGUGGGGGCCAAAGGCAGCAGCCGCAUCCCGCAGCUGUCCUCCAAGAAGAGCCCCCUGGAGGAGGACAGUGGCUCUACGGGAGAAGACACUGAUUCCGCUGCCAGCCGCAAGAAACACACCUUUAAGAUCUUCAAGAAACAGAGGAAAUAAGGGCUAUGAACUACGAGCUUUCAAAGCUGUUUGACUGUAUUCCUUUUUGUUCUGUUUUUGAAAAAGUUUCUUUCAUUUUUGGUUCAUUAUUAGUCAAUAAUGGCACAAUUUGUUGCCAUUCCAUCAUUUUCUAGGUACCUACUCUGAGGAACUGUGGGAGCAACCAGCUAGUCAGUUCUUUCUCCUUAUUUGGUCAAUGUUGAAUAUGUGGGUUAUGGGUAGGUUUGUAUAUUGGAAUGUAAAGAACUAUUUAUUCUGCAGGAAAUGGUGCCGGUCUAUAAAAGGGAAAUAUGUUUCCCGGUUGUUGUUGUUGUUGUUGUUAUUAUUAUUAUUAUUGUUGUUGUUGUUAUUAUUAUUAUUAUUUUGUUGUUGUUCUUCAAUAUAUAUCAGUUUGCAUGUCUUCACUUUUGUUUGACUGAUAUUCAAAUGCUGUUAGUGUUUGCUUGGUUCAUGUCCUUAAUCUGCUAAAACAGUGCUUGAUGUUUCUUUUAUUACCCACCUAGCCUACAAACCCAAACUGAAUUCACACUCAGUUUCUUUUAACUGACUGUUAUAAUUUUCUUAUUGAUGCUUACCUGUCUGUAUUUUAAUGUCUUCUCGGUUGAAGAAAUGGCACGUUGAGGUGUUUCAUGUAAACUAGUUAAACAACAGCAACAAAAAAAAAAAAUACACAAACAAAACAACUAAACACUUUUCGUGGUGGGAAAAUUUGCAAAACAGUAACAUGAAGAGUAAAUUGAUCCUGUAAAAGAUCAGACCACAUGCAUGGAGAAUAAACUGAAUAAUAGAGUUCUCACUUAUUGAAAGUUCACCUAACUUGCAGAGAGUCGAUCUUUUACAAGGACCAUCAAAAUGCAACACUAGAUGCUUUGGUAAAUAUUGAAACAUUUAUACUGAGGUGUGUGUGUGAGUGAGUGUGUAAUGCUUGGCUUGCAAGGUUUUGUUGCAGCCUACUCCCACAUAUUUCCGGAAAUGUGUAUCGCUACCAAAAUCUUCAGUGUUGCAAAGGUGUUGAGGCUGAAUCGGGACCUUUGUUCCUUUAGUUUUCUUUAUUUAAUUGGUUAGCCAUGGUGUAUGCUGGAGAAUAAACUUGAUGUCUGGGUGUUUUGAUUAAAAAAAAAAUAAUAAUAAUUGUUCCUACCAAAAAAAAAAAAAAACAAAAAACAAAAAAACAAACAAAAAAAAACUGCAUUUAAAGCACCUAGCCUUGCUGUCAUUUCUCCUUUGAAAAAAAAAAAAAAAAAAAAAAGUUUUCCAUUUUGUUUUCAAAGACUGCCUGACAGGAUAAAUGGGAUCUGACAUUUGUCCGCUGAAUGUGAACUGAAUCAGUGAAACAGGGUGUGAGUUUAACAUGGGUUCCUAGGCUAGCGUCCUUUCUGUUUUAAUAAUCAUUUAGGAGGACAGUGGAUAUUUCACAGCAGUCAGUAUUAGUCAGUGAGGAAGGGGGCCACAGAGCGCUGAGAUGUGAGGCGCAGCCCCUCCUUGUGAGUUGUGGUAAUUUGAAACCUGGCAGAAAUGUUUCUGACAGCAACUGCUUCAUUAUGUCAGCUGCACUUCAACGCCUGGUCAUAUAAUCUGAAACAAAAGUUAACAGUCAGUGAAGUUCAUUUGGAGUUCAGGCAAAGAUAGCAUUACAGUAUCAUAAAAAUCAUUUCAUAGAAAUAAUGGUCAAAGUAAUCUGAUUACGCUUUAUUUGGAGUUGUACUCAUAAGGCUGACCUAACACUGUCGUAACUGGCAUGAUAGCUGUUAAACACAUUUAUAUUUAUAACUGCUGUCAUCAGGUGUCGUUCUGUCAGUUAUGUCGCUUUCCAUGCAAAGUUGACAUUGUCUUCACCAAUGUCAAGUUGUCAUGACGACGACAAAUGUCAGCUUUGCAUGGAAUGUGACAGAAUUGACAGAAAGAUGCCUAAUGACACUCAUAAAUAUUCAUUUAUGGUCUUGGCAGCUGUCAUGUCGCAGUUAUGACAGUGUUAGGUCAGUCUUAUGAGCACAACUCCAAAUAAAGUGUUACCAAUAAUUUAGACAGGGUUUAAAGCUCUCUGGCACCAUGCCUGAUGUCAGGCCUGCAGCCAUUUCAGAUUCAUAAAACACUUGAUUUAAAAUCAUGUACACAUUUCCCUGGACAACUUUUCAAUCUCAGAUUAUUUUUUUUUCUUCUUGCUUUAUACCCGGUUUAAAUUGGGUACUCAGCCAUGUACAACCAUGCAGAGCUGAGUGUGAGCAGGUUUUCUUUCCAAAGACAACAGAAGAUGAUCUCAUUGAAUUAGCAAAAUCACCUUUGGUCUGUAUGACAUACUCUGUCGUAAGAAAAAUAAUUUUUCUCCAGUUGUACUCAUUUUUGUCCAAGAUUUAGACUUAGACUUGAAUAUUUAUUGAAACAAAUAUUCUCAAGUCCUACAAGCACACUUUAAAGACCAAGGCCAAUCAUGUCAAAGUGCCAAAUCGCUAUUCUCGUACGAGGCCUUUCCAUUUAUUUUUUGUGGUGUGCUCGACCCCUCCAACUUCUUUCACAAAGCCCCUAAUAAGGUAGCCUCAAAGCAGCUCCUCACUUCUGUUUGAAAGCAUCUUUUAUCCUCAUGUUUAAGACAAAAAGAUAUUUGGGAUGGGUUGUAUAUCAUGAUUUUAAGCACUGACUGAAUGUCUACGGGUGUUGUUUGUGCAACAAUAAUCCAUUUGCAAAGUUUACAUACAGAACCAGGAACGCAGGCAUCUCCUUGCUCCUGAAAAGUGCUAUCUUCAGAUUACCACAACAA